CUUUUCGUAUAAUUUUAUCGGCAUUAUGCUUUGAUUUGCAUGCUUAUUCUUCUAUUAUAAAAAAAAAAUUUGCAUCGUUUUUUUUGUUAAGUACUAUUCUCACUUAUUUUUCACUGCUGAUAACCGUGUGUGUUUUGCGGAAGUGCAGUCACUUUUGUCCACACCGUCCACACAUAAUGCUCGCUGUUGUAAUUCUGAGACGUUUCAAAGAGGUUAUAGUUUAUACAUUCUUCACUUUUCUUCAAUAAUUUGAUAUAAAAUCAUAAGUUAAAAAGAAGAAAUCAUUGGUGGUUUGGAGUAUUUAGGGGAAGAUGGCAGAGGGAUGGACUAGCAAUGUCCUUUGUAGGUACUUCAUGCAUGGCACGUGUAGGAACGGCACCGGGUGCUCCUACUCUCACGACGCCAACCUGGCGCGGCCCACGCUGCCGUGCAAGUUCUACCAGUGCGGCACGUGCGCCUACGGCAGCAAGUGCGACUACCUGCACGAGGACCCGGCGGCGGCGGCGCUGAGGACGGCCGACACCUCCGGUCAGCCGGCCCGGACGGCGCCGGCGGCCCCUGCCGGCCGCAGCGGGCGCGCUCAGAGCGGCCGCUCCGGCGGCGGCGGCUCGUCCAACAGAGGCCAGCAGAACAGGGCGGCCGAGGGGAGCGGACAGACGAACAGGAGUCAGACGACUGGGCGGGGGCAGGGCGGUAGAGGCGGGCAGGCGAGGCAGAGCGCCGCCGCCCAGACACCGGCGGCUGCGCCGGCUCCGGCUCCGGCUCCGGCAGUGUCAACCACAGCGACGACGGCGACGGAGAGUGUCAGGCGGCCGAUGAAGGAUCUGAAGCUGUGUGACAUGACGAGCGGAGCGCGCGUGCCCGUCAACUGGGCCGACGCGCCCGAGUUUGUGCCCGGCUCCGGACUGAUGACUGCGCCCGAGCCGGAGGUGCGGUCGUACGCGGACGUAGCCCAGCCAGCGGAGAGCCGGCGGGACCCGAACGAUCUGCAGCUGAUCCCGCUCUGCCCCUAUGCCGCCGUCGGAAAGUGCAGGUACGGCGAGCACUGCGCGCUGCUACACGGCGAGGUGUGCGAGUACUGUCAGUGCCAAGUACUGCAUCCGUUCGAUCCCGAACAGCAGCGUAAACACCGCGCCGAGUGUCUGAGCACCCACGAGCGCGACAUGGAGCACUCGUUCCGCAUGGCCAAGUCGAUCGACAAGGCGUGCGGCAUCUGCAUGGAGGUCGUGGUCGAAAAGAAGGAGCCGAACGCGCGUCGGUUCGGCAUUCUGCCCAGUUGCAGCCACUGUUUCUGCGUGGCCUGUAUUCGCCAGUGGCGCUCGUCCAGCCAGUUCGAGCCCAAAGUUACCAGGGGCUGCCCCGAGUGUCGCGUGCACAGCGACUUCAUCUGUCCGAGCCGAUACUGGGUGGACGAGUCCGAGGAGAAGAAUAAACUCAUCGAGGACUACAUCGCAUCCUGCAGCAACAAGCCUUGCAAGCACUUCAACGAGGGCCGCGGCGAGUGUCCCUUCGGGAACAAGUGUUUCUACCGGCACACGUACCCGGACGGUCGGAAGGCAGAGCUGGGCCCGCCGCGCCGCCGGCGGCGUCAGAAUCAGUUCAUCGAGACGGAGCUCAUGUCGGACGUCAUGCUCUCCGACUUCCUCUCGGACGAGAUGCGAGCAAUGGACGACGAGCUGGCCGAAGAGGCGAUCCGUCUGAACCUGAUGAUCAUCCAGGCGGACAUGAUGGACCUCAUGUUCCCGUCCGACUCUGAGGAUGAGUGACGCCGCCAGCCGGAGCGCCCAGCGAAACGUCUUUCUGUUGCGCCGCCUGCCGCUGCUGCCUGCUCUCUCACACACACUCACCCUACCUCUGCGCGGUCCGGCGGUCCGCCGGCGCGGCGGUGCCCGGUCGGGAGGACCUCUGUGCUGCCGCUGCUGGGGCCAGGCAGUCGUCACCUUACCGUCUCUGGUCGCCACUGCGGUGACUCUCAGCCACCGGCGGGCCGCGGAUUGCUGCUGUCGGCUCUCACUGUCCUCUGGCGCAGGUCAGCCCUCGGGUUCGUCCGUCGUCCGCCUCCUACCAGUGACUCUUGGAUGGAGACCCAGUGAGGGUGACUGUAUAACGGAACCCGCCACUAACGCCACCGGAAGGCUGCGGAAACAAAUUCGGUGUGCCGUUCGGGUGCCUAGCGGCAGUGUUCGAGUUCGUGCGCGGUUUACACGAGUAAACUAAGCUCAGAUGGUAACCGACAUAAGAACACGUCAGCCGCUGUUCACGAUCCUAAUAGCCAAUCAAUCCGUAGAAUGUGACAGCAUUCGUCUCGGCAAAAUGAUUCUGUUUUGAUUUUAAUUUUAGUUUAGUCAGUUUCACUAAUCAGCGUAUAAAUCAAUGCUGAUCUGUCUGUUUUAGCGUCCGUUCUUUCAGUAAGAGCUUUGUUCCUGGCAUGGAUGGAUGGAGGGUGCUGCGUCUGGGUAGAGUGAUUGAGUAGUUGGGCAGAGGGUGGGAGGAUGGCCCUGCGGCGGACGAUAGAGGUCUAAUUGCGCCUGCCUGCGUGUGAGCUGACCGCCCGUCGCGGUGCGCAGUAGCUGUAGCUCUCAUUACUUAGACGUCGUAGGAGCGUGCCGCGUGUUUUUACCUUCCUGCGCACACUGUGCGCCUAUCAUGUUCUCUGUCUCCUUCAACUCGUUCGUUCUUUCGGCGACAAAAUGCCGCCCGUAGUCUCUGUGAUUGUACCGCAGGAGUUAGCGCGCGCGCCCGGCCUUGCGAGCCGCGGACUCCGUAGCUCAUCAUAAUCUAGCUCACAUUAUUCCAGUAUUGGGCUCUUGAUGCAAUACCCCAGCUAUGUGGCGGCCGUUGCGGCUGCCUCUCCGUAUGUGCUAGCGUGUGUGUGUUGCGGGCAGUUGAUCGGCAGAGUACCUUUCUGGCGGACGGGAGGGGGGUGGCAGCGGGCCGGCUCUGUGGGCCCUGCACAUGGCGCGUGUACAUAGCGCUGCUGUGAGACAUUCAGUCCAGAUCAAAACGUGCGAGUGUGGCGCCGUGCCGGCUGUAGUGGCGCCCCGGUCGGCGCUGAGCUGUACUCGUCAAAUCCGCGCACUCACCACGACCUCUGUACGGCGGUCCAUAACCGGCUUACCGUGGGGCAGCUCCCGACUCGCGCUUCAGUGCCUCUGUUCAAUGUGAUCGGCGUAGUCAGCGGCCGGCGUUUUAACCUGCGUUUAGUCCGUCCGUGCCGGCGGGCCGAUCGGUGACGGGGUCGGCUGCAGUCCAAGGUGCGCCCUACUAGUUUGCGCCCGCCCGGCCCACACGAGAUUUUAGUCCAGCGGUGCUGAUUAGAGAGUGAGAGGCCAGUACGGGCCAGCCGGCAGUCCUCUGAUUCCUGCACGUGUCAUCAUAAAAACAAUGGUCCGUUUGGAACUGUUUUUUGGGCCUGUAACAGUGUCGAUUAAAGAAACAUGUCAACACAACCCGCUUUAUAUCGACUGAUCGCUUAAUGUCAUUAGUCGCUUAUCAGUAGAGCUUCGGAUUAUGCUGUAUCUGGCUUUUCUGGUAGUGCUAUUUUAUGUCAUAUACGCCUUAAGUUUUAAGUUUACUGUCUAAACUAUUUGGCUGGGGUUUUCAAAGCAACGCGAUACAACUUCAAUGAAAAUUCACGUUUGGGUGACGUUGGUGUCUGGUAGAAGGGUUUCGGCGAGAGGAAGUUGGUACGGUCUGAAGCGAUGCCAUAGUGACAUAUCCCUCGUAGCGCACAUUUGGCCUCGUCAGGCUCCGUUGACCUGUUGUGAUUUCCGUCGUCGACAGUUGUGUCGAGUUCGACCUGAUAUGCAUUGUGUCGCUUUGAGUUAACCGAUGGUCUCAGAAUACACAACCGAUCCAAAGUAA